CUCCGGCUCUCUCCUCCACACCAUGAAAGCACCCGUCAUCCUCUACGUCCUCUUGGCUUUCCUACACCAAGGCAGCUCUCUCCAGUGUGAAGUAUGCCGUGGGGAUGGGCACAACUGUUCUGGCCCCAUGGAGACCUGCGAUCCUGACCAUGAUACCUGUGCUAUUAUCAAAGGUGAAGCAAUAGUAGGCGGAGUGAAGAUGCUGACUUACAUAAAGUCCUGUUUCAUAUCUGAUGUGUGUCGCUAUGCUCAUUAUAGCAUGGACUACGGGAGAGGAAUAAGACAGAGAAACAUUAUCGCCUGCUGCACUGGAGAGGCCUGUCAAACUAUAUCUGUCCAAUUGCCACCACUGAACACCACUCCCAAUGGCUUGCAGUGUCCAGCGUGCUUUAGCAUUGGAUCUUCUGACUGUGACACUGAGAUUGUGUAUUGUGCCGGGUCAGAGACCUACUGCUUUGACACUGCAGCGUCACUUCUCACGGGGGAAGUCAGUGUGAACAUCUCAGUAAAAGGCUGCACCACUGUGUCUGAGUGCACACUUACAGAAGGUGACAGAAAGGCAGCCAGAAUCUUCUCCACGGAUUUCGCCUGGCAGGAAUGCAAACCAGCCUUUCCUGUAACCAGCAAGGCUUCUGGAUGGAUCCUCCGAGCCACCCUCUUCUUUACCAUCAUUGCUGGGCUCAUCUUGGUGAAGAGCAUGUCCUGA